AUGUGGUUCAUAGUAGCUGUUUACAAAGAAACGAAAUUAUUAAAUGAAGAUGCAGUGGAAAUGGAGUCUACAGAAACUUUUAGUGAUUUGUUAUUUGAAGUUUUAGGCUAUGAUAUAUUUGAUCAACCAAUAGUCAUUCAAUUUUACAAUGAAUUAACAAAAAAUUGGACCAAUAUUAAAUAUGGUUUAAGCGCAAAUUUGAAUUUAUGUGAAAAGUUUCAACCAUGUCAAGUCAAAUUUACAUUGAAAGAGCAAGAAAGUUUAGAGAAAAGAAACAGACAAAAUGGUAUUAAUGGGUUAAGUAAGAUAAUGGAAACCAACAGAAUUCCUAAACUUCCUAAAGAAAGAAAUUUUGUAACACGUCAUGAUUUACUUUAUAAUGAUCUGAUUAAAUUAUUAAAAGAUGAAUUAUUAGGGUGGUAUGGGGGAAGUUAUGAAAGUAUUGGAAGUGGAUUUAUUAAAGCUUUAACUGAUCUCCUAUGGUACAUUGAUCCACAUCAUGAAAAAUUAAAUUUGCGAAGUUGUAUUAUUCCAGAAAUCUUCUUAUCACUUUCGCAAUACAAGAUUAAAUCAUUAUAUAAUCUUUUUUAUUAUACUGGGAAACAUAAGAAAGAGCAACUUAUGCGAGAAAAUUUAAAAGAUCAUUUGAAAGCAAUUGAACAUUUUAUUACUCAACCUUGGGCGGGUCAAGAGAACUGGAAACCUUUUAUUUCUAAUGUAUUUGAACUAUGUCAUAAUAUUCGAAAAUAUAUAACCUAUUUGGAGUCAGUUAACAAUGAAAUGAUUUUAAAUCAUUCAAGAAAUGAACAAACCCAAAAUUUAUUAGAUAAUAUAACCUUGGAAAUUAGAAAUAAACAAAGAAAUUUUAAUCCAAAGUUUAAAAAUAUUUCUGAUAUUCUUAAAGAUUCCAAUUUUUAUGAACUACACUUAUUAGAUAAUUAUUUACCUCAAGAAAAAAGAACUCGAUAUAAUUUCAUAAAUGAAUUAAACGUGGAUUGCACAUUUACACUUUAUCGUUAUUAUCAUGGGAAUUAUUUAGGAACUUUAAAUUUUAUAUGGAAAAAUCCUGAUUCAAUAUCAGAACAAGAUAAAAGUCAAGAAGCAAAAAUGUUAACAUUAGCAAAUGAAAUGAUACCAUCUUAUUUUACACGACAAAUGAGAAAGAAUGUUACUGAAAAGUAUUCUUUAGUUGCUAAAAUGGCGCCAAGUGUAUGGAAACUCCUGUAUAAUGAUUUAGCAGGAGAUAACUCAACGCCACCUCAUGAAUUAUCAAAAGAAAUGCAAGAAAGAAUUAGAAUGAUUUUGGAUUUACAAGACGCAGAUAUUAUAAUGGAUUUAAGAAUCAAUAAUGGAUUUCAUGGUACUAAAUUUGAUAUGUUUUGGAAUGAAUUAAAUGAAUACUUUAAUGAGAUCGUUCCAGCUGUACAUGAUCGUCGCUCUACAUCAGUAUUAUAUUUACCAGUAGCAAUGUCAAUUGCUGAUCUCAAAAAAAUUAUUAUUGAAAGAUUAGAAAAAAAAUAUGGAAAACCACUUAGUUCUGAAAUUUUUAUACCUUCUGAUGAAUAUAUUCGAUUACAAUUUUGGCCAGCAAAUACUACAAAAAAUGCAGCUUCUAAAUAUACUGGAAGAUUUGAAAUUAAGUAUAAAGUGCAAUCACGACAAUUAUCUAAGUUUCAUGCAAUCCAUUAUAUUGAUAGCACUUUACAACAAGAGGAAACAUCCCUGAAUUCAUUAAAUAAGCAUCAUGAACUCCAAAAUUUUAUAAAAUCCCACUGUCAAAUCAGAACAUAUUCUUUUCAGAUAAAAAAAUGUGGAAAGGAUAAUUGUAAAUUUUGUUUACCAAUUCGAUUACCAGAAGAUGUAUUUAACAAUUUAAAUUUUAUUCCUGAUCCAAUAUUGUCUACUGACUCUAAUCAUUAUAGAGAUUUUGAUGGACUCUAUGGUACUGAAACAAAAGAAUUUCUUCCUAGUGCAUCUGAUUCUACUAAAGAAAUUAUUCCUGCUGGCAUAAUUAAUAAUAAUCAUAUACGUAAAUUUGUUAAUUGUACUAUUUGCAGUAAGCCAAGAUGUAUUUUUAGCAAAAAUAUGUUAAGUGAUAAUGAAAAAACUAGCUUAGAAAUUUUAUUAGAUAAUGUAAUUUAUAUUUGUGGGUCCCCUAUAACUCCCGAAGCACAUAAUCUUUAUGAAAAAGUAUACAUUAGACAAAAGAUUCAUUGUAAUAGUCAAAUUGAAGCAGUAUAUUAUUCAUGA